CCGAAGUCGUCACCCGCCGCCGCGCGUUCACGAUCAAACGCCGUGCGCCGACGUUCGCGAACAUGACGUCCGCGGCGAGCGGCGCGGCGUCCGAUCGCGCGCUCGCCGUCGCCGCGCGCGCGCCGAUGCCAGUCCUCGGCGAUCUCUCAGCAGCCGCGAAGGGAAAGAAGGCGCAGGAGAAGACCAAGCUUUCGUUCGGGGACGUCAUGAAGAAAGCGUCGCAGCGCGCGUUCCGCGGCGGCGCCGCGGGCUUCGCCGCCGGCGUCGUGCAGGUCGGCACGUUCAUGUGGAUGCGCACGACGAUGAACUACCAGUACGCAAACGGCGGCACGCUCACCAACGCGCUCCAGACGUUGUACAAAGAAGGCGGGAUCCCUCGCUUCUACCGCGGCGUCUCGUUCGCGAUCAUUCAGAACCCGCUGUCGCGAUUCGGCGACACCGCGGCGAACACUGGCAUCCUCGUCGCGCUCGGCGAGCUGUGCCCGAACAUGCCCAUCGCGCAGCAGACCGCGUUCGCGUCCUUGGGCGGCGCCUCGUGGCGCAUCGCGCUCACGCCGGUGGACACGUUCAAGACGACGCUCCAGGUCCAGGGCGCCAACGCGUUGGCGCUGCUGAAGGAUAAGGUGAAAGCGGGCGGGAUCGGCGUGCUGUACGGCGGCGCCGCCGCCAACUUCGCCGCGAACUGGGUCGGGAACUACCCGUGGUUCGUCACGUUCAACGCGCUUCAGGCGAACAUUCCGAAAUACGACGGCGUCAAGGGCUUGGCGAGAAACGCCUUCAUCGGCAUGUGCGCGUCAUUCGUCUCGGACUGCGUCUCCAACUCGCUCCGCGUCGUGAAGACGAUCAAGCAGACGUCCGGGGACGCGAACCUCUCGUACGUGGGCGCGGUCAAGGGCGUCAUCGCGAAGGACGGCGUCGCGGGUCUGUUCGGCCGCGGCCUGAAGACGCGUCUCAUCACGAACAUCGCGCAGUCGAUGGUGUUCUCCGUGUUUUGGAAGGCGAUCGAAGGGAAGCUGAACGAGAUGGCGGCGGAGAAGGAGGCGAAGAAAGCGGGCGCCGGCGCCGGGGGGAAGAAGGGCAAGACCGGGAGCAUGACGCUCGCGACGUUGCCCGCGCUGAAGGGCGGCGUGCCCCCGCUCGUCGUCGCGUGAGCGCGAGCGCGAGCGGCGCGUCGAGUCGCCCCCGCCGCCCCCGUCGAGAGUACACUACCUCCCUUCGAAGGCGGGUACUUCCGGACUUCCGUACUGUGAUACUUUAAUAACGAGGAGGCAGAGUGAGAAUG